AUGGCCCAAACCGUUACGAAGGAAGAGAUCGAAAACGCGCCAAGGCUGUCGACGUUCUCACCGGUAUACAAAAUUAACCCAACAACCGUCGUCAAGACCGGCCGAAUCGUCCGAAUGGCUGAAGCCGAAACUAUGAAGUUUGUGCUCGACAACACUAGCAUCCCGGUGCCUAAAGUUCACAACGCCUAUGUUGAUGAAAUGACUGGACAUGUUGUCAUCAUAAUGGACUUUGUAGAGGGCCAAAGUCUUGACGAAGCAUGGGUGGCAUACACGGAAGACGAGCGUCGGUCAGUUAUAGCCCAAUUACAAGACCACAUGUCUCAACUUCGCAGCUUUAAAGGCAGCUUCAUAGGCUGCAUUGAUGGCACACCCUGUCAGGACCAAUAUUUCUACAGCGAAAAGGAGAAUUACGGGCCGUACCAGACGGAACAGGAAUUCAAUCAAGGCAUUAUCGAUGUCAUGAGAAAACAGGGACCGUACACAUUUACUGAGUGGCGAUGCGAUGUCUGGGAGGAUGUUAUGAAGAAUCACGAGAUUGUCUUAACGCAUAAUGACUUUGACCCAAGAAAUAUCCUUGUUCGAGGCGCCAAGGUUGUGGCCAUCCUGGACUGGGAGUUUUCAGGGUUUUACCCUGAAUACUGGGAAUAUUGCAAGGCGGUGUCGUGCCCAGACUGGGAACACCCGUGGAGCCGAAGCCGCGCAAUCGAUCAGAUUUUGAAGCCGUAUUACAAAGAAAUCGCUGUAUUCUGGAGUUCUGGCGAUGUUAUCCAUUGA